UGUGCGUAUGAACAAAGCACGGCAUUUGCAUUGUGUGGAUGCGUCAUUGCUAUUCAUUACAGCUUCCCCAGCUCCCCAUAUCGCCGGCAAGGCAGGUCUUCCAGAGAGGAACCGAUUCGCGGACUGAUUAAACCAGGUAAUCAGAUGGGCCUGCCGAGGUGUUCGGUUCCGCUUUCCUCAUCGUGCUGAUUUCGGAGAAAGGUAUACAUUAUCUAAGGCUUCUAUAUAUAUCGCAGUAAGUGCUUUGGGACAAUAAACCAAAUGACGGCCAAGACGUCCGAAGAUGCGGGGCUCUCCAUACCGCUGCGCAUGCUGUGCCACGGCGCCUCUCCCCAGAUGAACGGCACCUGCGCGGAGCAGAUGGCGCCCUUUUUCCCACCUUUCUCCUCGACUUUUGCGCUCGUCGUGCUGGUGGCCAUGAUCAUUGGGAUAAUAUUUGUUUCCCUGGCAACCUUCCACUUCCACAAGAGGAAGCUGAGGAAGAGGAAGAUCCAGCGGGCUCAGGAGGAGUACGAGCGCGACAGCCGCAGCUCGGCGCGGUCUAAUAAGGAGCCCGUCAAGCCCCGCGUCAUCGUCCGCCCGCCCGGCCGGGACGCCGAGAGGUCGGCAGCGUCUCGGACGUGCGUCGAAACCCCCUCUUGUCACACAACAGACACCGACAACUUAACGGCCGACGGCGAGUCGAAUUCGGAUACCGCGCUGCCGGACGAGGGGCCGGAACACAUGCUGCAUACGGUCGUCUCGUCUUGA